AUUACGCGUUAAAAUCACUGGAAAGUUUCGCACCGAGGCGUUUCUCAUAAUCAGUGACUCCGAUCGCAAAUGAAAAGUUCUCCCGACGGAGUGCUGCUGUAAAGAAAACAUGGCGACAGCGAAGACGGUACUACCCGAGGAGAGUGAGCUAACCGUUCAGGAGCUGAACGUCAGCUGGCCGGUGUUGCAAACCGCGUCCGUUUAUAUCGGCAAGGCCUGUGAAUGGUAUAACAAUGAAUUUUUGUUGUGCAGACAAGAAGAGCGCGACCCACGUCGCUGUCUCAACGAAGGAAAAGCCGUGACAUCUUGCACAUUGGAUAUUCUUAAAAAGAUGAAAAAACACUGCUUAGAGGAUUUUAAUGCUUACAUGUACUGCCUUGAGAGAUCAACGGGGACAUUGGAAUUUACUCCAUGCCGAAAAACGCAAGCUGCCUUGGAUAAUUGUGUUCGUCAGAAUUUGAAUAUAGAACGUCCACCCUAUGGAUAUUUUUGCGAGGCUAAAGUGCAUAACACAUCGAGGCCACGGCCGGAACCAGAAAAGCCUAUAACAUUUCCAGAUCCAUCUCCUGGACUGCCAUCCGAUGUACCACAUGAGAAAUCGAAAUACUCCAAUCGCAUGUGGUUUAAAUCUUAAAUCUCUCAACAGAUAUCGCUAUAGUACUUUGGUCAUGCUGUAAAAAUUAUAUUUUCAAGACUCGGGACACAUCAGAUAUCUAGAUUAUUAUAGAGAAAUGAGUAUAAUUAUAUGUUCUGUGAAUAUAAACAUAUUAAUAGCAAUUUAGUGAUAAUUUGCUUGAUUAUUGUUGUUACAGCUUGUAUAAAUAUAAAUACGAAGCAUGUAAAAUAUA